AUGAAGCAAAAGCCAGUGGUGGCUCGCGAGCCCCAGCAACCAGCCAGCCAAUCAGAGGCUCCUCCAGGUGCAUCCAGCCAAUCAGAGACUCCUCCAGGUGCAUCCAGCCAAUCAGAGGCUCCUCCAGGUGCAUCCAGCCAAUCAGAGACUCCUCCAGGUGCAUCCAGCCAAUCAGAGACUCCUCCAGGUGCAUCCAGCCAAUCAGAGACUCCUCCAGGUGCAUCCAGCCAAUCAGAGGCUCCUCCAGAUGCAUCCAGCCAAUCAGAGGCGGUGGGCAGCAGUCACAGCGUUCGCCUGCGUGUGCGCGGCAGGCUCCGCCCCUUCAGCUGUCAGCUAUGCGGUAAAGGAUUCAGCGCCCGCAGCAGCGUGCACGUGCACCAGCAGAGCAUGCACGGCCGGCAACACCCGCACCAGGCGUCCAAUCAGCGGCUCAGCAGCUCGGCCUGCGAGGAGACGCCAGAUCACGCGCGCACGUGUGUGAGAACGCACGGCAGCAUCAGCUGUUCUGAAUGCGGCAAGCAGUUCACCAAACAGACUCAGCUGUCGGCUCACCUGAGGAUCCACCGGACCCCCAAAACCUUCAGCUGUCCCACCUGCAACAAAGGCUUCACCGCGCGCCGCAGCGUCCUCGUGCACCAGCAGAGCGUGCACGGAGGCCUGAAGCCGUUCAGCUGCGGCGUCUGCAGGAAGUCGUUCAGCCAGCGCGGCGGCCUGCGAGCUCACCUGAGGACUCACACGGGCGAGCGGCCGCACACCUGCCAUCAGUGCGGCCGCAGCUUCUCCAGCAGCAGCAGUCUGUCCGUGCACGGCCGCGUGCACAGCGGCGAGAAGAACUUCAGCUGCGACCUCUGUGAGAAAAGCUUCAGCGUGGCGGCAAACCUGCGGCGCCACCGCCUGGUGCACUCAGGCCAGCGCGCCUUCAGCUGCGACGUGUGCGGCCGCAGCUUCACGCAGGCGGCUCACCUGAAGGCGCACGGCGCCGUGCACGGCGAGGGCUGGGCCUUCAUCUGUAACGCCUGCGGGAAAGGCUUCAGACAGCGCAGCGCGCUGCUUGUGCACGAGCGCUCGCACGCCGGCAUCAAGCCGCACGGCUGCGGCGAGUGCGGCAAACACUUCUCCUCGUCCACGUCUCUGAAACGCCAUCAGCUGACUCACGGCGAGCAGAGAGCGCACGGCUGCCAGCGGUGCGGGAAACGUUUCGGCAGCGCUCAGGUGCUGAAGACUCACCUGCUGCUUCACGACGGCAGGAAGUCGUUCAGCUGCGACGUGUGCGGCCGCGGCUACAGCUCGCCAAACUACCUGAAGCUGCACCGGCGGAGCCACUCGGAGGGAAACCCGUUCAGCUGCUCUCAGUGUCAGAAGAGCUUCUCCACGGCGGCGAGCCUGCGCCUGCACCGCCGCGUGCACAGCGGCGAGCGGCCGUACGUGUGCGAGGUCUGCGGGAAGAGCUUCAGCGUUGCGCAGAACCUCGUCAGACACAAACGCGUCCACAGCGGAGAGAAACCGUUCGGCUGCAGCGUCUGCGGGAAGAAAUUCAGUCAGAACAACAACCUGAAAACUCACCUGAUGCUUCACAGCGGAGAGAAACCCUUCAGCUGCUGCUCCUGCAGCAAGGCCUUCACCUCCAGGAGGAGCCUCAGCCAGCACUGCUGCGUCUGA